AACAUUUUAAACAAAAGUCAACAAAAUUGAAAUUAAAUCAACAUGUCUGAGGCCAGCUGCGAUCAAUAUGAACACUACAAUUAUGAUCACGACAAGCACAUGUUCUCGGGGCACAGUGGCAAGCAGCGCACCAAGAAGGAAGCCAGCGAGCACACCAAUCACUUCGAUCCCUCCGGCCACUCCAGAAAGAUUCUAACUAAACUUGUCAACACGAACAACAACAACAAGAAGGCGGCGUGCAAAAACUAAAUGUUAUAUAUAUAAGUAAAUUUAACCAAAUCGAAUUUUAAUUAUACUAAAAAUGUUGACGAAAAAGUGAAAGGCUCUGGGGGAGAAAGUGAGAAGCGGGCCUUUGGCU